AUGGCUGAUUUCCUGCCCUCCCGGACGGCGGUAGUUUGUAUCCCUAGUUGUCUGUUGUCCAGCAACGAAAUCGAGCAGCAGAGGAAAUCUAAAGAAAUAGACAGAUGUAUUAAUCGAGAGAAGACGUACGUGAAGCGACUGGUUAAGAUAUUAUUGCUCGGAGCUGGUGAAAGCGGCAAGUCAACUUUCCUGAAGCAAAUGCGCAUAAUUCACGGGCAGGACUUCGAUCAGCGGGCCAAAGAAGAGUUCCGGGCUACAAUCUACAGCAAUGUUAUCAAAGGAAUCCGAGUGCUGGUAGAUGCCAGAGAGAAGCUGCACAUCCCAUGGGGAGACUCCUCUAACCAGACACAUGGGGAGGUCGUGAUGGGCUUCGACACUCGUUCAGCCAUGAUGUCUCAGGGAAUUGUAGAGACCAAAGUCUUCCUGCAUUAUCUGCCCUCCAUUCACACCCUGUGGGCUGACAGUGGCAUCCAGAGCGCCUAUGACCGGAGAAGAGAGUUCCAGUUGGGUGAAUCAGUUAAAUAUUUCCUGGACAGCUUGGAUAGAAUUGGAGAACCGGAUUACCUACCAACACAACAGGACAUACUUCUGGCACGAAAGCCUACGAAGGGCAUCCAUGAGUAUGACUUUGAGAUCAAGAAUGUUCCGUUUAAGAUGGUGGAUGUGGGCGGUCAGCGGUCAGAGCGUCGUAGAUGGUUUGAGUGCUUUGACUGUGUCACAUCUGUGCUCUUCUUGGCAUCAUCUAGCGAGUUCGACCAGGUUCUAAUGGAGGAUCGUCAGACCAACAGGCUCAUGGAGUCGCUCAACAUAUUUGACACCAUCGUCAACAACCGUGUGUUUUCUAAAGCAUCCAUCAUUCUUUUUCUCAAUAAGACAGACCUGCUGGAGGAGAAAGUAAAGACUGUGUCAAUCGCUGACUAUUUCCCUGACUUCACUGGAGAGCCUCAUGAUCUGGCUGAUGUACAAAAGUUCCUGGUGGAAUGUUUCCGCAGUAAGCGACGUGAGCAGCAGGUGAAACCCUUCUACCAUCACUUCACCACGGCCAUUAACACAGAGAACAUCCGCCUCGUCUUCCGAGAUGUUAAAGACACAAUCUUGCAUGAAAAUCUGAAGCAGCUUAUGUUACAAUGAGAGACAUGCCUUAUCGCUUAAAAUCAUUCCACUUUUAAUGAGAUUUUAAUUAUGCAAGUGAAUCAGAGAAGAUGCUGAAAAAUACACCUACGCCUCUAAUUUUAAUCACAGUUUCAGUGUCCCUUUCAAUCCAUUUAUCUGAGUCACUUGUCUGUUUUACUGCUGUCAUUGCCACUUUUAAAUUUUUAUUUAAAAUUUAAGAUGUCUAAAUAUAACACCGUCCUGUAUGGUGAUUUAACUGAAAACAAGGCAUCUCCUGAUAUCGUAUUUUCCACUAACCACCAACAGUUUUAGAGCUGGAGCUUCCCUCUGAUGUAACAGAGAUUACAUUUUCUUCUAAUCCAACAAAACCCUCACCUACAGCUUACAGGUUUUUUUUUUCCUGUUGCGUUUAUAUUUAGCAAGCACAACUUUCUCACCUGUAUGCAUGAGCAGUUGUGGAUUAAGGACCUUUCUCAUUUGAACUCAUGAUAUCAGAUGUCCAAUGUCUUUCCAAUGGGCUACCAACACCACCUGAACAUAAAACUGAAUUUAUAUGAUUUUAUUUACUUUUUUUUUUUUUUUUUAAAUAAUAUGCCUUAAAGCAAAGUGGUUGUUGUUGUUAUUAUUCCACACUCCAAGACGCAUGAUGACUGCUGAGACUCAGGGGCUGUAAAUAUGAAUUACAGACACAUUAUUGAUGAGUGGCCUUCCCCGAUUGAGAUAAUUGGGAUCCCUGUUCUCCAUUUCAGGAUUCAGCACAUCCUGUAAUACCCCGCUUUAAAAAAACACCAUAUCAAUGUACUCGGAUUAUGCAGUAAAUGUAGUGACCCUAUUUUUAAGGUACCUGUGUUUGUAGAACUAUUGUCUUUGUUCCUUAUUAAAAGGAAAAGACCUUUUUAAUUAAAUGUUUUCUUGUUCUACAGAAAUUAUGUUGUAUAGAUCCCUUGUCUGUAGGGUGUUUUUUUUAUUUUGUUUUCGGUUAUUAAUUAAACCAUUGUUUGGUCAUAUUUCACUUUCUCCUUACCAUUUAGAGUGAAGUGCAGCCAUCAUUAUGUAUGAAAUCUCAGUUUAUCAGAAUUAAUUUACCAAAAGUAAGAUAAAUGUGUACAUAUGCAUUCAAUGCAGAGGCUAAAUUAACCUUAUGCCCAAACUAAUGAAUAGGCUAACGUUAACAGUUAUCAGGGUUUUUGGUGUGUGUGUGUGGGGAUUUUGUUGUCCUUUCCUGUUUUUCAUAAUGUCUUCCAACGUUCAAAACGAUUCAGUUUUCUCCUUAAACUCCUCAAAGACAGCCUUGUGCACUAUGUAAUUAAUAUCUCAGGUGUUGUCUCAGUUUGUCUCAGUUCACUGGCAGUGGCACAGAGAAAGUCCUUUACAACUAUGUUGGCUUCAGCCAUAUGUGACUGAGAAUUCUGGCUUUGUGUAGUGCUUACCCGGUUAUAUGCAUAUUAAAUUAAUUCUAUGGUUUAAAACUUGGCUUUGUUUAUCACCAUCCUGUAAUCUGACUUGUGAUGAUAUAUGUUUCAUAAUCUGCGAUUGGUGUUUAAGCUCACCAACAGAAUUUGCUUUAGUGUUUAGACAGGAUAUGACCCUUGUACAGUAUCAAUUUCAUAAUUUUCAGGUUUUUUUUGUAUAACUUUCUUUGGUACAUUAAAUCCACCUAUUUUACAAAGAUA